AUGUUAAUGGCGGAUAAGUGUAGUUGUGGCAAUGGCCAACCACAUAAGGAGAUUACUUGCCCCCCGGGUAACCUGAAAGAAGCAAUCGAUUGGAUUCUAAGGGUGACGAAUAAGGAUGAUAAGAAGAAUGGUGGUGGAGGUAAUGGUGAGAAGCUUGGAAGUGAGGUUGCGGGGUUACUACAGAAGGCUAAGGAUCAUAUAACGACCCUACUUAAAGAAGCUGAGAAGCUACCCGAAGAUGCUAAAAAAGCUGCCACUGAGAAACUCACAAAGGAUAAAAAUGUGCUUACUGAAGUAAAACAACAGUUGACCAGUUGUCAAUUGAUCACCGAAUUGGCCGAUAACUUGAAACAGUUUAUUGAUGGUAUUAAGAAUGGCGGUACAUACGAAUCAUCAUCUUAUAAAGACGCCACCUGGGAUAACCAAUGUAAUAAUAACGACCACAACACUUGCGCCUCUAUCCUCCUCGGCGCGCUCCCCGUAAUUUUUUCAGGGCUAAGUUAUUUGUAUUGGCAAUGUAAUAAAGGUAAUGGUCCUCCUGGUGGUGGUAAUAAUUGGUCCACUCAAUAUAUCCACGACACCAAUUUUUCCCUUGGCAUCUAUUUCGUCUGUUGUGGUUAUGACUUAACCAAACUCAAUCAGAAUAAAAAAGGUCAACAAGUUGGCGAAACUUGUUUCCAAGAAUUCACAAACGGUACUGCCAACGUCACCGGUGACUACUCGAAAUACAUCAACACAUUACUCGAAAACACCAGAAAAAAUGCCCCUGGCGAUGCCACGAAACACCCCCUCUCCAGCCUCUACCUCGCAUCGCAAUAUUAUUUUAUGUAUCAACAGUCGAAGAAUCCAGGUGACCUUAAUCGGGUCCCCUGUAGUAUAAGGGAAAUGCUCUACUGGCUAAUGGCUCUGCCAUAUAGUGAGUGUUUCCAGCUAGCACCUGCAACUAUUAAACAGGGUAUUAAAAAGCAUGGUGAAAUUGUAAUCAUCGGUAUGGUUGUCACCUUAAACCUUACUGAUCCUUUCGAUUGUUAUCUAUUAACCACUUGCCAUUACGCCGGUUUCAUCCUAAUGACUAUACAAGGUAAAUUGUGUAGUCCCCCAAAGACACCUACAACGACAGAUGAGACAACCAAACCAAAUCCACCUAAUAUUCACAGCAUAUAUGAUAAUUCCCACUUCAAAUUCCACUACCCACACACCGUCACCGAUUGGUUCAAUAAGCUUUGGGAUGUGGUAUAUCACUUAAUUACACAGUUUUAUUUCCUUAAAGAGCAAUGUAGAACAUGUUUCGGCGCCGGUUGUGGUUGGCAGUGGUGUCAAUAUGGUGAUGGUAUCAACUCACAUAUGACGAAGGAGGUGGAAUCUUGGAUUUGCACUGUUACCCCAGGUGAAACACAUAGUUCAGGUAGUGGUGGCAAUCACACCUCUGGUUGCACAGAAUCCCAACAACACAUCGCAGCUUGCGGCAAAGACAACAACCCCUCCCCCCUCCAAGCUUUCCUAUGCGAUCUCCUAAUACCUUUUAAAUGUCCAAAAUUUGUUGAAAACAAAAAAUAUCCACCUUACACCGAGCAUAUUUCCCAUCGCAAUUUCAAUCAAUAUUGCCCAGUACCAAUGGGAUUCAACAAAGACUAUCUUCCUUCGUCUCCUCGCACUGGUCACUAUAUCUAUGAGAUACUAAAUUACUUCACCCAAAACAAAAAUCACCAUAUAAGUCUCUACAACAUAUUCAUAUGUCUAAUAUGCACCGGGUUACGCACUCCCCGUACAGUCGGCGAUCUUUUUGGGUUUUUCUUGUAUCUUGGUGAGAAAAUGAAUAAUGGUGGUUCCCCUAAGGUCGCUGAUGCCAUCGAUACCGAAUCUAAGAAAAUACCAUGGAGCAAUCAAUCAACUCCUAUGACUACCGCUGCCCAUGACCUAGCUGGUAAAACCCAUAUAGAUGACCCUUCUCACCACCCCGCCGAUGCCGACCUCUACACCCUACAUGACAGUGAAUGUGCCAUGAGCGUAACCUGUGGCAAGUACCUUGACCCCCUGUCAUUCGUUAUCUAUUGCAACGUCUCCGUAGCUUUCGCGGAAACUUAUUUGUCCCGUAUAAUUUAUCUCACACACGCUCUGAAAGAAGGUCUUAAAGUAUUACUUACAGAGUUCAACAACCUCACGUGCGAACAUUGUCAAAGUUGUGACUGCAAAGGAAAACAUACGAAUAACCAACACACAACGUCAUGCCUCUGUACUACCAUCGUCCAAUGCGCUGACGUCCUACCCCUUUUCUUCAAAUUCGGCUUCACGUACUAUUACGCAGCUGCAUUAAAUGGUACUGAGGAAUUUGACAGUUCAAAAAAACGCCAAUGCAAAGACUUCGCCAAGCAACUACAAAAUGUCAUCAUCAACGGUGGCCUCUUCAAAAAACUUCUGGAAGAAAUCAACAAAUUCCUCCUUUGCAUCCGCAAACCCUUCCUCCUAUACCUCCUCACAUUCUGGCUUGUGGCCAUUCUGUACUUCAGCUACGGACUAACAAUACCUCUGGACCUGUUCCAUAUCCGUUCACAUUGGAGACGUGCAUUGUCCCAUCAAAUAUCCGUGUUGGCGUUAUUAUCGAAGAAGGCGAUGUCACCAACAAAGGUUGGAUAUUUCACACCGUAA